GUGCCCGAGCCUCCUAAGAUGGCGGCGGCCUCGUCUCUUCCUAGGACGCCGCCACUCUCAAUAUGGUAGCUGUUUACCAUAUCUCUCCACCCCCCUCCGCCUCAACUGCCUCGUGAUUUUGAAUAAACUUUAUUGAUUGCUUUGAAUCUCCUACAACCCCCCGGAUAGUGGGCUCUCUUGGCGACCUCUCCGGCGGUCUUUUUUUUCCAGCCCCGGCAAGCCUGUCUCGCGCAGGGUGCAGCGACAAAGCCACUUGCCAGUGCGUCCGGCGGCCCCGCCCCCCGCCCCCCUCCCCAGCCCCGGCUGAGACCUGGGUCUCUAGAAGGCUCUAAGGUGCAAGCCGGUGGGAGGGCUGAGGUGGACACUGCCCGCAAGCCCGGUCCGAGCACGGGCACGGCGUGACGCGGCAUGCGGUUUCUAGGAGAAGGCAAGUCAGCUUCACUGUUUGGCAGCGGCAAUCCCAGCAUUCAGCGCGCGCCGCCUCGGGCCGGAACUGGCCCGGCUAGCCUGUGCUUAGCGCAGAGCUGGGUUGCCCCGGAGCGAGCCCAGCCGCUGGCGAGUCCCUGGGGCUGAGCUCUGCGCCCUGAGGGCUUGCCCCCUGCAGCUUCGGGCAUGAAGAGAUCUCUGUAGCGUUUGCGAUCCUGGACAUUUUUAAAUCAGGUUUGGGGCGUAAAAAGGUUCCUGUCAGUGGGAGGGGGGAGGAGGCGUAGAGAGCUCCUCGUAAGUUUUGGGGGCUGCAAGCAAGCUACGUUCUUAUUGAAGACCAGCCGACUGUCAGCCAUCGUCUAGAGAAGGCGCUUGUUGCUGCCUUCUGACCCUGUACAGCUUCAAAACUGGCACGGCGCAAAACGAUCCAACCGCCUGUGAAGAUGGCCUCGGUGCCUGUGUAUUGCCUCUGUCGACUGCCUUAUGAUGUGACCCGCUUCAUGAUCGAGUGUGACAUGUGCCAGGACUGGUUUCACGGCAGUUGUGUUGGUGUUGAGGAGGAGAAGGCUGCUGAUAUUGAUCUUUACCAUUGUCCCAACUGUGAGGUCUUACAUGGACCUUCCAUUAUGAAAAAACGUCGUGGAUCUUCCAAAGGACAUGAUAAUCACAAGGGGAAGCCACUGAAGACUGGGAGCUCUAUGUUUAUCCGAGAACUACGGGGUAGAACUUUUGACAGCUCAGAUGAAGUGAUUCUGAAGCCCACUGGAAGUCAGCUGACUGUGGAAUUCUUGGAAGAGAAUAGCUUCAGUGUGCCUAUCCUCGUCUUGAAGAAGGAUGGGUUGGGAAUGACAUUACCCUCUCCAUCAUUCACCGUGAGGGAUGUGGAACACUAUGUUGGUUCUGACAAAGAGAUUGAUGUGAUUGAUGUGGCCCGCCAGGCUGACUGCAAGAUGAAACUCGGUGAUUUUGUCAAAUACUAUUACAGUGGGAAGAGGGAAAAAGUCCUCAAUGUCAUUAGUUUGGAAUUCUCUGAUACCAGGCUUUCAAACCUUGUCGAAACACCCAAAAUUGUUCGCAAGCUGUCAUGGGUGGAGAACUUGUGGCCAGAGGAAAGUGUCUUUGAGAGACCCAAUGUGCAGAAGUACUGCCUCAUGAGUGUGCGGGAUAGCUAUACAGAUUUUCACAUUGACUUUGGUGGGACCUCAGUUUGGUACCAUGUGCUUAAGGGUGAGAAGAUCUUCUACCUGAUCCGCCCAACAAAUGCUAAUCUGACUCUCUUUGAGUGCUGGAGCAGCUCCUCCAAUCAGAACGAGAUGUUCUUUGGUGACCAGGUGGAAAAGUGCUACAAGUGUUCUGUGAAGCAAGGACAAACACUGUUUAUUCCAACAGGAUGGAUACAUGCUGUGUUAACACCCGUGGACUGCUUAGCAUUUGGAGGGAACUUCUUACACAGUCUUAACAUUGAAAUGCAACUCAAGGCUUAUGAAAUUGAGAAGCGGCUGAGCACAGCAGACCUUUUCAAGUUUCCCAACUUCGAGACCAUCUGUUGGUAUGUGGGAAAACAUAUUCUGGACAUCUUUAGAGGCUUACGAGAGAAUAGAAGACACCCUGCCUCCUACCUGGUCCAUGGUGGUAAAGCUCUGAACUUGGCAUUUAGAGCCUGGACAAAGAAAGAAGCUUUGCCAGACCACGAGGAUGAGAUCCCAGAGACAGUGCGGACUGUACAGCUCAUUAAAGAUCUGGCUAGGGAGAUCCGUCUGGUUGAAGACAUCUUCCAACAGAACGUUGGGAAGACGAGCAAUAUCUUUGGGCUGCAGAGGAUCUUCCCAGCUGGCUCCAUCCCCUUAACCAAGCCAGCCCAUUCCACUUCAGUAUCCAUGUCCAAGCUGUCACUGCCCUCCAAAAAUGGUUCAAAGAAGAAAGGCCUGAAGCCCAAGGAUAUCUUCAAGAAGGCAGAGCGAAAGGGCAAGCAGAGUUCAGCCUUGGGGCCUGCUGGCCAGUUGAGCUAUAAUCUCAUGGACCCAUACAGUCAUCAGGCACUGAAGACAGGCCCUUCCCAGAAAGCAAAGUUCAACAUCAGUGGUACCAGCUUGAAUGACUCAGAUGAUGACUCAGCAGACAUGGACCUCGAUGGCAGUGAGAACCCUCUGGCCCUGUUGAUGGCUAAUGGCAGUACGAAGAGGAUGAAGAGUGUAUCCAAAUCCCGGAGAGCCAAAAUUGCAAAGAAGGUAGACAGUGCAAGACUGGUAGCAGAACAGGUCAUGGGAGAUGAAUUUGACUUGGAUUCAGAUGAUGAGCUGCAGAUUGAUGAGAGAUUGGGAAAGGAAAAGGCGAACCUGUUAAUAAGAUCAAAAUUUCCCCGGAAAUUGCCCCGUGCAAAACCUUGCUCUGACCCAAACCGAAUUCGUGAACCUGGAGAAGUUGAGUUUGACAUUGAGGAGGACUAUACCACAGAUGAGGACAUGGUGGAAGGGGUUGAAAGCAAGCUUGGGAAUGGGAGUGGAGCUGGUGGAAUUCUUGAUCUACUUAAGGCCAGCAGGCAGGUGGGGGGACCUGACUAUGCUGCCCUCACUGAGGCCCCAGCCUCCCCCAGCACUCAAGAGGCCAUCCAGGGCAUGUUGUGUAUGGCCAACCUGCAGUCCUCAUCAUCCUCACCAGCUACCUCCAGUCUGCAGGCUUGGUGGACUGGAGGGCAAGAAAGAAGCAGCGGGAGCUCCAGCAGUGGGCUGGGCACUGUGUCUAGUAGUCCUGCUUCCCAGCGCACCCCAGGAAAACGGCCCAUCAAGAGGCCAGCAUACUGGAAAAACGAGAGUGAAGAGGAGGAGAAUGCCAGUCUUGAUGAGCAAGACAGCUUGGGAGCAUGCUUCAAGGAUGCUGAGUAUAUCUAUCCAUCUCUGGAGUCUGAUGAUGAUGACCCUGCUUUGAAAUCUCGACCCAAGAAAAAGAAGAAUUCAGAUGAUGCUCCAUGGAGUCCUAAAGCCCGUGUGACUCCAACCCUACCCAAGCAGGACCGUCCUGUUCGUGAGGGGACCAGAGUUGCCUCCAUUGAGACAGGCUUGGCUGCAGCAGCUGCAAAGCUUGCCCAGCAGGAGCUGCAAAAGGCCCAAAAGAAGAAAUAUAUCAAGAAGAAGCCUUUGCUGAAGGAGGUAGAACAGCCUCGCCCUCAAGAUCCCAAUGCCAUCAUGACAAUGCCUGCACCAACAGUGGCUACAACACCUCAGCCUGUCACCUCCUCCUCACCCCAGCCACCUCCUGAGCCUAAACAAGAGGCUCUGUCAGGAAGUCUUGCUGACCAUGAGUACACUGCUCGCCCCAAUGCCUUUGGCAUGGCUCAGGCAAAUCGCAGCACCACACCCAUGGCCCCUGGAGUCUUCCUCACCCAGCGGCGCCCUUCAGUUGGUUCCCAGAGCAGUCAGGCAGGACAAGGAAAGCGUCCUAAAAAGGGCCUGGCCACAGCAAAGCAGAGACUCGGCCGCAUCCUGAAAAUCCACAGAAAUGGCAAGUUACUUCUGUGAGACGAGCCCCAUCAUAUCCUAUUCCUUCAUCCCUUCACCCCCAUUGCCUUCUUCGUCGUGAACUCGGGGCAUUCCUGGAUCCUAUGAGCCCCGGACAAGGUGCAUUGUCCUGCUUUCUUGGGACUGACCAAAGGCAUGGACUAUCUCCGACUCCCUAUCCCACUUCCCCUAUGAGUAUCCUACCUUCUUUUUCCAUAUCCAUAAAUAGCAGGUAAAUGGGAGAGGUUUCCAACUGACAAGAACCUUUUCCUGUUCCACCCACAUAUUUCACUUACACCUUGUCUUUAUUCUUUUCCACUGCUCCUCUAUAUGGAAGGAAUGAUGAGGAGCAACAUAAAGGGAGUCUGGGCCUGUCAGUUUCCUCAGCCAUGGAGUGAGAGGCCCAGUGCUCAACAUUUUCUGCACCUCCAGCCCUGUCUCUAAGCCUGCCCACCUCCACCCAUUCCUACCCCUUCCUCACAACUGAUGGAUAUACCCUACCUUCAGUCUUGUUCCUGAUAGAAGGUUGUGGUUUUUAUCUCCUUUUACCUCUUUUUCAUGACAAAAUGAAGAGGGUCUUUAUGACCCUAUUAUGGGGCAACUCCAGAGCUGGCCUAGAAAAGCUGACUUUAUCUGUCUUUGGGGGAGCGGGGAGGAGAUUCCUUUUACUUUUCGAGGUGAGAAAAAGGACAGAUACCCAAGCCUUUGACCAUGGUUGUUGCUUAGCCCACCAGAGGAAACUACUUUUAUCUGACUGCACAUGAAACCCCUAUGAUGAUCUUCAGGAAUUUGCCUAUAUUUUUGAGGCCCUGUAGAACAUUAUCCCCAUAGCUAUAAUUGGGUUCAAGCAGCUACAAAUUCACCUCCUAGAAAUCUGAAGUACCUGCCACAUUGAGAACUAUGGCCCCUGCCACCCCAUCUAUCACACAGCACAGCCUGGACCUUCUGAAGAGGGUGUGGUGAGAUAACCCUGCAGGGUUAUUAUCAGGAACUUCCAUGUUUCUUUCCCCAUCUAAGCUUAGUCUAAAGAAGAUUUCAGGACUAAGAUCUUCACCCCUGGGACUUUCCACUUCCAGACCACAGGCCAACUAUUCAAGCAUAGUGCAGAUAGGCUAUUCAAGUCUGAAGUUAGAAACAAUGCCCAUAUGUGAAGUAGCAGAUAUUUUGAUCCGCUUUUCUCUGCUUUCCUUUGUGAUUGUCACUAUUUUCCAGACAGUGUCCCCACCUCCCUCUUGUCUUGCCUUACUGGCAAUCUGGGCUUGAUGGAGACUGCCCCUUCUGAACAACCCAUUUUGGCACUGCCCAAGUGGGAGUGUCCUCUACUUUCCACUAGUCCUCAUCCCAGCUUGCCUAGUGCUUCUGGGGAAUUUAACAGCUAUGAUGCAGACCACAGGGAAUUUGUGAGGCCUCUGUUAUCUUUUAUGUUUGUGGCUUAUCUUUCUUUUUUUCUAUAGAUAUAUCACCUCCAUCCUUGUUGGGAUGGGAGAUACUUUAGCAUAUUUGCUUUUUUUUUACCUUGGGGACCCCCAGGGGCCAAGCAGUCCUCCUUUAGUCACACCAAAGGCAAAAGGCCUGGCUACCUCCCCUUUAGCACGUGAGGUCCCUAUUCCCCUCCUUUCUACUCAGCUUUGCUUAUCUUGGAGAUUUCAAGGCAGCAGUAGGGAAGUAAGGGGAAAACAGGAGAAGCUUCUAACCCUGUAUGGGCAACUUCCUGACUAAAGGCUGACUGUUGUCACCAAAAACAGGUCCCUAGCCCUUUCACCUAUUAAAACUCCCUCUUGAUCUUUCAAAGGCAGCUAAUUGCUAGCACCCUCGCCCCACCCAUUCCAGGCCUCUUUUCCCUCUGUUUCUUUGUUAGAAGGUUCUGUGGAGCUGAAACCCAGCCUCUAAUGGGGUUUGUUUAGUUUAGUUGGGUUCUCAGAGUCUCCUGUUAUUUUGUGUUGUUUCCAAUGAAAAGCAAGUUUACCCUCAAAGUUAUGCUUUUCCAAAGAAGCUAGUGUGUUGUUGUUGUUGUUGUUGUUGUUGCUGUUGUUGUUGUUUUGUUUUGUUUUUAUGUUUCAGGUUCUAAGUGAAGUGAGGUGGAGAGGAGUUGGGAAUAACCAAGGUUUAGAACAUGGUGAGAUAGUUACCUCUGAUCUGCAAUCCCCAGUGGAGAGUUGGGGCAGGACAAGAGGGCAGAGAGGAUUUCUAUUCACCUUUAAUAUAUUUUUACAAAAAAGCAAACAAUUUAAAAACAAACCCACCGCUUCUGUACAUGUCUAAAUAUAUUUUUAGAAGUGGGUAGGAUUGUGAUUUCUGAUGCAGGGCCUUUUUAUAAAUAGGUUAGAGUAGCCUCAUCCAGAUUUCUCUGUUGUUUGUUCCCCUUGUUUUUUCUUAUGUUGUGUUACUAAUGUAAUUUAUAUAUUUUUUAGAUCUCCCUUUCCUGUAGAGAUAAAAGUGAUUUAUCUUGGCAA